AUGAAAUCUUCUCCCUCCGAGUUGUGCCAGGAGUACGUUCCGGAACCGAACGUGCCCUGGCAAUCUACCAAAGCUGGAAGCACUGAUGGACCCUCGUCGGGUGCCCUCAAGCGACUGCAGCGGCGGUGGACAGGGACCUCGACCUCCCUGUCCAAGAACGUAAUCUUAUUUAUUGCUGCGGACGAGACGGCUGAGAAACCGGAUUUCUCUUCACAUAAGGGGCCUCGACGGGCUUGUCCGAGUGGUAGUUCCGAGACGGCGGCCUUUACUUGUUGUAUUGCCGGACCCACUGAGAAUGAUGCAGAUGACGCCCCUCUCAGUGCUCAGGCUGGACCCGAAUCAGGAGAUGAUACGGAAGAUAGUCGCUCUCCAUCAGAUCAAGCGUGGGAAGAUUGGGAAUGUUGGGAAUGUUAUUUUCCCGAAGGAUAUAUAGGCGCAUUGGGACAAGAUUUUAUGAAUGCCCCGGCGACGGCGAGUUCCGACAUUAAUGAAGAGGAAGAUUAUUAG